CAGCACAUUCAAGCGCAUUGUCGUUGAAUUUAUGUGCGCAGUUAGUCUGGACAUUACGACCUUGCGUUGUCAACAAUGUCACAAUGCUAACCAGCCGGAAGCUAAGGCGCAAUGAUUUUCACCAAGCCCGUGUUAUUGCAGCAAACGCCUAUACGAUUUCCUCAGAUUCUGGUGAGAUGCCGUUUAGCCAGUUAGCUGAAUAAAGAGGUUUUCAUUUCGUCUUCUGUUACAUUUCAGCCUGGCCUUCAGAGUGAGGACGAAAUGAUCCAACUGAGUGUCCGUCGCUGGACUCCCAAACAUGUCGCUAGGUGGCUGAAGGAAGAGGGCUUCUGUGACUAUGUGGACCUGUUGUGCAACAAGCACCGACUGGACGGCACCAGUCUGCUUGCCCUCAGUGAGUACGAUCUCCGCUCACCACCACUGGAGCUCAAGGUGCUGGGGGACAUCAAGCGACUCAUGGUGUCAGUCCGCAAACUACAGAAACAAAACAUCGACUUGUUGGAAGAGCUAGGUCUUCCCUUUGAUGGUCACUCUCCAUCCGGCUCUGGAGGGAGUUUGGACUGGCUGUGUAAUGGAGACUCAGGCAGAGACUGUGACAGCACUGACACCGCACCAGUAGGAGAGGAGUAUAACCAAUACACCAAUGGGAAGUACAAGCAGCAGAUGAGGCGUCUGGAUCCAGAGUACUGGAAGACAGUGCUUAGCUCCAUCUAUGUGGCAUUUGUGUUUGGGUUCACAUCCUUUGUCAUGGUCAUAGUGCAUGAGAGGGUGCCUGAUAUGCGUACCUACCCUCCUUUGCCAGAUAUUUUCCUAGACAGUGUGCCUAGAAUACCAUGGGCCUUUGCCAUGGCUGAGUCAUGUGGAGUGAUCCUCUGUAACAUCUGGCUGCUUGUUCUUCUGCUCCAUAAACACAGGUCCAUUCUUUUGCGGCGCAUGUGCAGCCUCAUGGGGACUGUGUUUAUGCUGCGCUGUAUCACCAUGUUUGUCACCUCCCUAUCUGUGCCAGGACAGCACUUGCAGUGCUCAGGAAAGAUGUAUGGUGACAUGUGGGCUAAACUGCAGCAAGCUGUGGCCAUCUGGAGUGGCUUUGGAAUGACCCUGACAGGAGUGCAUACAUGUGGUGACUACAUGUUCAGUGGCCACACCGUGGUCCUCACCAUGCUCAACUUCUUUGUCACAGAGUACACUCCACGAAGCUGGAACUUUAUUCACACAUUGUCCUGGGUCCUCAAUCUCUUUGGCAUCUUCUUCAUCCUGGCUGCACAUGAACACUACUCCAUCGACGUGUUCAUAGCCUUCUACAUCACUACCAGGCUCUUCUUGUACUACCACACUUUAGCCAACACCCGGGCCUACCAGCAGAGUCGACGAGCCCGCAUCUGGUUCCCCAUGUUCUCCUUCUUUGAGUGUAAUGUCAAUGGGCCUGUCCCCAACGAAUACUGCUGGCCCUUCUCUAGACCUGUUGUGAUGAGGAGGCUGAUUGGAUAAUGAACAGCAGCAGCAGUGGUAGUGUCAGACACUUCUUAGCCUGUGCUGUUUUGUCUGCGUUGUCAAGUUGCCAACUGCGAAGGUUUGUGAUAUCCUCAUCAUAAAAGACGACUGAUGUAAUCCUGUCGGCACUGAGGCCUGAUGGGAUACACAGAGCCAUACCUUCUUAUGUUCUGGGAUUUCUAACAUGUUUCCCCUUUCACCAUUUUUAGCUGGUUUAAACAAAAUCCACUAAAACCUGUAAAGCUCAUUCAUCACUCUUUGCUUGAUUUGAAAGCUGAACACUAUAGGGAUAUGUCUCUUUAGUUGGUUUUUCAUUGUUCCACUUGUCAUUGUGUGUAGCAUGAACAGGUUUUUUUUCAGUACCUCCCAGCUAAAAAUAAAAAAAAAGGUAUUUGGAUAGCACACGAUAAAAGGAAACGACGUCAGAAAAUUCUCAGGCGGCAGUGUAUCUAAUCCUUCACAGCAGCUGACCAUUUCUUGUGCAAUUUAAGAAAAAACGUUUCAACGUUUGGAUCUUGAUUCUUGACUAAGUUUUGUCUUACAUCUCACUUUGAAACUUAUCAAAACCUGGCUCUGUUGACUACUGUUAAAGCAGUUAUGUACCUUACACUAAUGCUCUUUUCUGUAUGGAAUAAUUUUCAUCAUGUUGAGAAGUAGAUGUUAUAAAUGUUUUCUACAUUCCCAGAGAUUGUGCUUACAUUUUGAUAAUGUUACUGAAUGCUGACCCAAGUAUAAAUGGCAACAUACACUGACUCUUUUGUUUAUAUUGUUAACAUAUCUGCCUUUUCCUUAUUUGGCCUGGAUAAAAAGCAUUAAUGAAAAUCUGGCUGUCUUAAAUAUAUUUAGUUUUGCCAAUUACUUUGAGUGUUACUGUAAAUUUCUCUAUGUAGAACUGUCCUAGACCCAUGUUUACUGUUGGAUAAUUGUAUAGUGCUUUUUAAAAGUCAUUAUACAUUGCAAUAACAUAAUUUCAUUUCAUUUCCAUGAUAUGAAUAGUUUGACAUUAAUCUGUAGUAACAUUUUUUAUAAAGGAUCCUUCAAUUUGUAUGUAUGUAUUUUGUUUAUAUUUAUUUCAUUUUGUAAAUGGUGAUAGGUAUUUUUAUAUUUCAAAUACAAAGUUAAAGCAACAUGCACAUUGGGAAAUGUUUACAGUUCCUCUUAACUGUAUUUGUUUGAAACAGUGCUAUUUA